AUGAAAGAUCCAGACAACGAUGAUACAUGGAAGAUUGUGGGAAGUCCACCACGACGAGGUAGUGUGUCAACACCAAGUGGGAUGAUGGCAACAGCAACCACCAUGGAAGGAAACGAGCAUCAUAGGCGACGAGAAUCAUUUGGCGCGUUUCAAUGGAAAUCCGGACCUACCAUGUUCGAGAAUAGCGACGUCCUUGCUGUACCAAUGGUACCCAAUGUCCCACCCGAGCCAACUUAUCGGCAACAUCGCAGCUUUUCAUUUUCUAUGGGACAAGAUUCGACUAAUUUUGGCUACAAUGACGAUUAUGAAGACGACCACUGCAAAUCUAUUUUGGCAACCACUCUAGAGGAAGACGAUGAUUUGCUUGAAGAACAAAUGCGUCGACUUCGGAUACGUUCCCGAUCUUCCGGUGCAUCUUCUUCUUCGGCUGGACCUUUGACACCAUGGUGGUCUACCACUGCUUUUGGUCCAAGUCGUGUCCCAGGAUACUAUCAACACCACCAUCACCACCAACAACAACAACGUCAUGAUAUUCCUCAGCAGCAGCAGGAAGAUUACUUUAUGAAUUUUCAACAAUAUCCCCCACCACCACCACCCAUGUUUGGUCCCACAGCAGCCAACACAGCAGCAGCAGCAGCAGUAACACCCAAUGAGUUUUGCGACAUGUUUCAUUAUCCUCAACGACGACCUUCACUACCCUUUGCAUUCCCUGAACCAUUUCUUCCAGAGUCGAGCAAUUUGCCUUUUCGACGUAGUUCCCAUCCUUCUAGUGGCAUCAAUCAUCCAUUGGAUACAUCGCUCUCAUCGCCUUUGCCCUCACCUUCAUCACCUACACCCAACACCACUUCAACGACUUAUGCACCACCACCCCAUUUACAAAAGGUCUUGGAAGAACCAGUGACUCUAUCCGAUUCACACCCAUCAUCCAUCAACACGAUUAGUGGCAAUGGAGGUAUUACGGAUCAUACAGCAGCAGUAUCACCAACAACAACAGCAAUUGGUGGAAGCAAUAAGACCCAAUUAUACAUGGUUGAAUUCAAGGCUGGACGCACUGAUUUCUUUUAUUUGGGGGAUGAACAUGUUCAGCCAUCUGUGGGUGAUCUGGUGAUUGUGGAAGCUGAUCGUGGCAAGGACCUUGGCAAAGUGGCCAUGACCAAUCUUUCUCGAGAUCAAGUUUUGUUACUUCAAUCACAAAAGAAGCAAAACGAUCCUACGAAUUCUAUGAACGACAAUAAGACUACAUCAGAAGAUCGAAAUCCAUCAUCGUCGUCGUCAUCCACAACGACCACCACCACAAGUAAUCUCAACGACCUUAAACGCAUUUAUCGAUUGGCAGCUCCUGAAGAGAUCAAUCAACUCUUGGUCAAAGGUCAAGAUGAACAAAAUGCAUUAGCUCUUUGUCAACAGAAAAUCAAGCAACGCAAGCUGCGUAUGGAUGUAGUCGAUGCUGAAUAUCAAUGGGAUCGACGCAAGCUGACCUUUUACUUUGUUGCUGAACGUCGCAUUGAUUUCCGUGAGCUGGUACGAGAACUCUUUAAAGUUUACAAGACACGAAUUUGGAUGUAA